AUGACCGCCACGUUCGAUAGCGAGUCUGAGCUUCAGCAGGCAUUUCUACAGUUCCGCGACGAAAUCGAUGCGUAUCAUGAUCGACGCGACCGGCUCAUCAAGACAUCGCGAGACAUCACGUCUUUAUCGAAAAAGGUGAUCUUCCACUUACAUCGCUUCUCGAUGGAACACGCUUGGCCCACGUACGACGAGAACGGCCAACUGACACAAACACCUGCAAACGGACGGCUUCUUGUCUCUGCAAACGCAAAGCUACAUGAGAUAUAUGAUGUAAUACGCACAUGCGCCAUGAAGGAAGAGUUGGCAAGUGAGACACACAAGCCUAGUGCGUCGAUGUUGCGUUACGAGCGGUGCAUCGGCAUGUCGCUGGAAGAACUCGUGGAAGCAGCGUCAUUUCUGCACUUUCUGGAGCACAAUUCACUGAUCCACCAUGAGGAUAUCCAACAACAUCUGCGCACGCCUGAUGGUCAUCUUAUCAUGUAUGUGAGUCCCAUGCGGUACUUGCUUGGACUUUGCGAUCUCAAUGGAGAACUUAUGCGCCUUGCCAUCAAUGCGGCUGCUUGUCCAGACCCGAUGCAUGUGAUAGAACGCGUACUCAGUAUGCAGCGAGCGAUUUACGACGGUACGUUGAAAAGCUUUGGGAGGGAAGGGAAGAUGUGGUUACUCUCAAUGAGCAUUCUCACACACGCAACUGAUACUUUGCAGCCUUGGAGCCACUAG